CGUCUCUACCCUGCAAUUAUUCUGAUGGCCCAUCAGGAAUUUUAAAUCAUAUUUCUGGUCCGAACGGCCUUCAGGCCCCUGCAGGCAGGCAGGAGCGACGCAGGCCUGUUUCAUAUCCUCAGCUUUCGUGAGAAAUAACGUGAUUGCUCAUCUUCUAAAGCUUGAAUUCCUUACACGAUCGGCAACUUCUCUGAAUCCGCGACUUUUAAGGGCGUUUCGCCUUUGCUUCGUGGCUCAGAAUUAUGCAUUCUGCUCAGGAACCGUGGUUCAGUGGGCAACUACAUAACGUUCCGUUUGGAACGUGGUGUCCCGCUGCUAUCAUUAUCCUAGUGAUCGUUACCGAUUUCCUAGCGCGCAGGCAGCUUCCAAAAUUUAUCCAGUCCGCUUGGACUGCGCUGAGCGCCCCUUUUCGUAACUUUAUCACCUUAGACGAUGUCGAGGGCCCCUUCGACGAUGACUUUCCAAAACAGGUCUGGAUAAAUCGUACGCUUGUCUCUAUCGCGCUGGUUAGCUCGAUUGGCUGGCUUGCAUAUUUCGGAUAUGCGUUCGUCCUGCGAGAAGCCUGGACCGACGCCUUAGUCGCAUCAAUUGCAUGGUUUUAUACGACCCUGAGACUCCUGUCGAGAGCACCGCCCACACCUCCGUAUUUGCUUAUUCUAUUCGCAGUUUCUCAAAUUGCUGCUGCUUGCAUUUACUACUUUUCAUUGACGGAUUAUGAUGCCGGUCCAAUCAUCACUAUUCUAGUUCGGAUAAUAAUUUCGGCGUCCUUCGUUUACGUGGCUGGCCUUUUGCCACUGCAGGCUGUGCGACCCGCGCUCAAUGUCGCCAACUCCGGUGAUAUUCCGUCAUCCAAUAUUUCCUCUCCCGAAGAUAACGCAAACCUUUGGUCAUGGUGUACUGUGUCAUUUGUAGAACCCAUAUUGGACCUGGCGUGGAAGCGAACAUUAAACGAAGCCGAUGUCUGGUGCUUGUCGCCGUUCUUCCGACACAAGAACUUGUUCAACAAAUGCCUUGAUUACCGUUCACGCUACCCGACGCACUCUUUACUGCGCUUUUUGCUGGUAUCGAACUCUCUCGACCUACUCUUGAACCUUGUCUUGGAAAUGUGGGGUGCUGUCGUCGGCUUCGUGCCAGCUUAUGCACUCCGGAUGAUUCUAUCAUCGUUGGAUAACCCUACUCCUGACUCGGUAUCGACUGCCAAAUAUUGGGCUUUCCUUACAUUUGUAGCACAUUUGUCUUUCGCGCAAGUCGAUCUCUUCAAAAACUGGCACACUCGCCGAUGUUAUGAACGGACUCGUGGACAACUCUUCUGUGCUUUACACUACAAAGCACUGCGCCGCAGGGAUAUCAGCGGCAAAAUUGCCAGCGGAGAAGACGAAGAAGGAAGUGCUGACCUUGGGAAAAUAGUGAAUCUCAUGCAAGGCGAUGCGUAUGCUGUCGCUCAGCGGUUUUGGGAUUUUGCUGCGAUCUUCUCGUCUCCUGUACGGCUCGUGAUAGCGUUGAUCUUCCUCUACAGGAUAUUGGGAUGGAGCGCAAUUUCGGGCGUCGCUGUGAUUCUUUUUGCCUACAUUUUGAACUAUCCAUUGGCGACAUACAGCAUCAAGAUCACCCGAGCAUCAUGGAAGGCCAAGGACAAAAGGAUGAAUGUCGUGAACGAAUUACUCCAGAACAUCAGAUUUUUGAAGUUUUAUGGUUGGGAGAAUCAGUGGGCACGUACUGCUCAUCAGGCACGAAAAGAGGAACUCGACUGGCGGAUUAAAGAGAAUGUCGUCGAUACCAUCAUCUCUUUUAUAUGGACGUGGAUACCUUCAGCGACGGCCCUUGCAACAUUCUCUUGGUACACUUUGGGCGAACAAGAGCAAUUGACGGUAUCCAGGGCAUUUACUGCAGUCGCUCUGUUCUCACAGCUACAGGAGCCGAUGACUGCUCUCCCUGGACAAUUCUUUGCAGUGCUUCACGCUUACGUAUCGAUGCAGCGUAUUGAGGGGCUCCUUGCGGAGCAAGAGGUUCCCGAAUGGGCUUCAUCUCUGUCGACAAUGGAUACCGACUCUGAAGUGGAUUGUCCAGACAUUGGCUUUAACAACGCAACCUUUGAAUGGCAUGGAGUUCGCCAAGGAUCGAUGACUGAAUCUUGCUUCCAACUUGGACCUUUGGACAUCAAGUUUCCGAAAGGCAAGUUGAGUCUUAUCAGCGGUGCGACUGGUGCUGGGAAAAGUGCCAUGCUCACAGCGCUGCUUGGCGAAAUGCACUGUUUGUCUGGUGAUGUGUUCAUAAACAAGAAGAGGCACCAAGUGGCUUAUUGCGCCCAAACUCCUUGGCUUGAACACGCUACCAUCAGGGACAACAUCAUUUUCGGCUCCAAGCUCGGCUUCGAUGAGGAACGAUACCAUACAGUCGUCGAGGCGUGUGCUCUUGAACGUGAUCUUGGUGUAUUUGAAGCGGGUGACAUGACCGAAAUCGGCGAGAAAGGCAUUACGCUAUCUGGUGGACAGAGAGCACGUAUUGCUUUGGCACGCGCGAUGUACUCAGAAGCUACCUGUAUCCUCCUUGAUGAUCCACUUGCUGCCGUCGAUAUGCAUACUGCACAACAUAUUGUGCAGCACUGUUUGUCCGGGGAACUAGCUCGUGAUCGGACAGUUAUCCUGGUGACCCACCAUAUCAGUCUGUGUUUACCGAUAGCAUCUUACGUGGUUGAGUUGUCUCGCGGAGGCAUUGCUCGUGCUGGCGAUAAAGAAGAGUUCCAAGAUAUCGGAGAAAUCGAUGCUCUUAAUGAGGUCGACGAUGAAGAAACAGAAGUCGCUACUUCUGGAACUCAAACCCCAGACGACGUAGCCGAGGAUGUUCUUCCCAAACAACGGUCCACUUCCCAAAUCGUUAAAAAACUAGUGGAAACGGAAGUUCGGGCGGAAGGCCGGGUGCCUUUCAGAACGUAUUGGGUUUACAUCAAGGCAGCGGGUUUAAUGUCCUGGGCACUGACUCUCGUCUUGAUGCUCAUGAUCCGCAUGAUUAACAUCGGGAAUCAGGUGUUCUUGGCCAAGUGGGGUGAAGCUUACGACGUUUCCGCUUCGGUUUUCCUCCCAAAUGUCAAAUAUCCUUGGGACGACUUGCCCCCUCCUGAUGUUAACGUCAAACCAUGGCUUUUGAUUUACCUCUAUAUCUCUAUAGCAGGGGCAUUCUCAGUGCUGGCUUACAUCUCGUUGGGCUAUUAUGCAAGUCUCCAGGCUUCCCGCUCGCUGUUCCUCAGACUGCUCGAAAGGCUUACAAGAGCGCCGGCCCGGUUCUUUGAUACCACACCUAUCGGGAGGAUUCUCAAUCGUUUCACGACAGACAUCAACACUAUCGACGGAGCUCUACAAGCUUCCGCCCGCGCUGCGUUAUCGGGUGUCCUUAAUUUCUUGGCUUCUUUCACUGUCAUAAUUGUGAUUAUACCCGCGCUCGCGCCUUUCGCAUUGGUAAUAGCAUGGCUGUAUAUCCGCAUCGCUCCUCGUUUUGUACAAGCUCAACGAGACCUGCGUCGACUCGAGAGCGUCUCCUUGUCGCCUGCAUUUGCCGGUUUCGAUGAACUUCUACGUGGCUUGUCACAUGUUCGUGCAUUUGCGAUGGAGUCGAGGUAUCAAGAUAGAUUCUACGAAAAAGUGGACAGAUUCCAAUCAUUUGACCACGUAUACUGGCUUGUCAACGGCUGGCUUCGCUGGAGAUAUGACUGUCUCGGCUCAGUCGUAGUGUAUCUCACGACUCUCUUCGCUCUUUCGCAAGGAGUUUCCAACGGAUCAGCUGCUGUCGUUAUCGUGCAAGCCGGCAUCUUUGCCGAGGCAUCCCGCCAACUUGUGCGGGUUCUUGCACAGCUCGAGCUUGACUUCAAUGCAGUCGAACGCGUGGUUGAGUAUCUUGGUGUACCACAGGAGGCACCUGCCAUUAUCGAGAAGAACAGACCUCCAGCGUACUGGCCAUCAAGCGACGGUCAGUUGGUUGCCGAGAACCUUGUUGUCAGGUACAGCUCUGACCUACCGGACGUGCUCAAAAAUAUCUCAUUUGUUGUCCAACCGUCUGAAAAAAUUGGGGUGGUCGGAAGGACAGGCUCUGGAAAAUCAACCUUGGCUUUGUCCUUGCUGCGUAUGAUAGAGGCCAGCGCCGGGAGAAUAAUCAUUGACGGAAUAGAUAUCUCGACAAUUGGCCUCGAAGAUCUUCGGUCACGGAUAACCAUUGUUAGUCAGGAUGUUUCGUUGUUUUCUGGCACACUCAGAAGCAACUUGGACCCGUUCGAAGAGCAUACCGACCAGGAGUGCUGGGAUGUGCUCGAGCGAUGCCAUUUAACGAGGCUACUCAGUCGGGCGAUUGAAAAGGGUGGCUUCACACUUGAGAUGCCGAUCAGCCAAGGUGGCUCGCUCAGCGCAGGAGAGAGGCAGCUGGUUGCACUCGCUCGGGCAGUCCUGCGAAAAACCAAUAUCAUCAUUAUGGAUGAAGCAACGUCUCAGAUAGAUUCGCGUUUGGAUGACCAGAUCCAAACGACAAUUCGUGAAGAACUUUCGAGUGCACUUGUUAUUACUAUCGCGCAUCGCCUCAAGACGAUCAUCGAUUAUGAUCGCAUUUUAGUGCUCGAUGCUGGGGAGAUUAUUGAGUUUGAUGAGCCAAAAGUACUUUUGGCGAAGGUUGGCGGGGCUUUCCGGGAGAUGUGUAGAAAGAGUGCGGACUGGCCACAACUGUUUGCUUCCAUAGAUCGUUAAGACCAUACACUAUCAUUAGUAUAAUUAUUGCAUGCAUGCGGGGUUUUUUUUUUCCAGGGUACGCAACCUUUGGGACGGCAGCGCGGUUGACCUGUGCAAACAAUAAGACUAAAGUCAAUUCAACGUUUAUUCAAAUCAUGACUGGAACGCUCAGGAAAACCCGGUAUUGAUCUCAUGUAGGAUUCGUAUAAUAGGGAACCAGAAUGUUCAUCGUGAUUCAAGAGAAUGGUAUUCUCACUUACCUUCAUGAUGCAUGAUGUCGAAGGAG